AUGAAGUUUCUCGUGUUGGCCGUUGUUGGCCUUAUUGCUGUGAAUGCUGUGGCGUUGAAGGGUGGACGCAAAGUGAACGCUGAAGCGAAGAAAUUGGACGGAUUGGAGCUCGUCAACUAUGUGAACUCAGUACAAUCGUCUUGGAAAGCCGAGCUUUCCCCAAAAUUCGCUCAAUAUCCGAAUGCGAUCAAGCAACGUUUGAUGGGAGUGAAAAAUAUCGGAAUCCCAAUGAAGUACAAGAUCAAUCAGGUUGACACGGUGCGUGCCGACAUUCCCGCCUCGUUCGACUCUCGUCAACAAUGGCCUAACUGCCCAUCGAUUAACAACAUUCGUGAUCAAUCCUCGUGUGGAUCGUGCUGGGCUUUCGGAGCCGCUGAGGCAAUGACUGACCGUACUUGCAUUCAAAGCAAUGGAGCCUGGCAGGACCCACUCUCAGCCGACGAUAUCUUGGCUUGCUGUGGAUUCUCGUGCGGAGAUGGAUGUGAAGGAGGAUACCCAAUUGAAGCCUGGCAAUUCUGGGUGCACAAGGGAGUCGUAACUGGCGGCAACUACACAUCGAAAUACGGUUGUAUGCCUUAUCCAUUCGCGCCAUGUGAGCAUCACACCGAUGCCACUCACUACAAGCCGUGCCCUGCUGAUAUCUACCCAACGCCGAAGUGCUCAAAAUCGUGUGCUGCUGGCUGGAAGAACAGCUAUUCUCAAGACAAACAAUAUGGAAAGUCAGCUUAUUCGGUUUCCUCCGAUGUCAAGGCCAUUCAAACUGAGGUGAUGACCAAUGGCCCAGUGGAGGUUGCCUUUGAGGUGUACGCUGAUUUCGAGCAGUACAAGAGUGGAGUCUACGUUCACACCGGGGGAUCCCUUUUGGGAGGACACGCUGUGAAGCUCAUCGGAUGGGGAACUGAUCAGGCCUCCAACUUGGACUACUGGUUGAUUGCCAACUCGUGGAAUACCGAUUGGGGAGAGCAAGGGUAUUUCCGUAUCAUCCGUGGACAAGAUGAGUGCGGAAUCGAGUCGGGAGUUGUCGCCGGAUUGGCUAAAGUC